AUGCUACAGAAACCAAUGACAUCGCAUUUCCAUUUGUAUAAUAUGUCAUGGCCACGGCUGUUCAUUCUUGUCGGUGGUGUGGUGGCCAUGUCCCUUUGGGCUUUCAUGGCUUUCGACGACUACAAAACUAACUUUUUGCCUGCUGAAACGUCUACGGAAAUCAAUGAGAUUCAACCAUCAGGUAGCCAAGAAGAUGUCAACACCAAAAUCGACAAGCCACUUGAUCGAUGUAUACUACCGAAUUUCGACCCAUGGGAUAGAGACAUCAUACCGGUGAGUGGAUCUAGAAACAUGCUCAUUUUUACUCGGUUUUUCUGA